AUGAAAAAUCAAAACACUCCAAAAAGUUCCGAAAGAUAUGGUAAACUGAUUUAACCAAUACGUAAAUCACUUCCAGUAGGAUUGUUUUCUAGUUAGAAUUCUCUCUUUGCUUAAAUUCUAUCUGUAAAGAACACAGAAAAAAAUAGUAAGAGUCAAAAACAGAAGUAUUCUUAGACUCAUUUUGAAGCAGCCACAUAAAGAGCAGAAACACCAAACAAUUAAAAUCCAUCUAUAUCAUUCACAACAAAGUAUCAUUUACAUAGUCAAUCUCAAAAACUAAAAAAGAAAUCUAAUUUAAUAAAUAAGGAGUCAUUUAAAUCAAUAUAUUCGAAUCUAAUUUGCUAAAAUAAAAGUGCAGAUAUUGAUAAUUUAAGUUCUUAAAAUAAAGAGAGUGAUGAUUAAGAGAGCAAUAGAAUUUAUAAUAAUCUAAAAUCUAUUAAUCAACAAAUCAAUACUAUGAAGAUUAAUUAAUUAUCUCACUAGAUUUUAUAUUAGUGCUAGAAAGCAUUAACAUCUAAUUGUGAAAAAUUGAUAGAAAUUAAUUAAUAGAAAAAGAAAACAGAAUUAUAAGGAUAUCCAUAAUUAAUCAAAAGUGAUAGUUCUUAAUCCUAAGUAUUUGAUGCAUCUGGUAUCAAUCUUGAAAAGUUGUUAGCUGAAGAAAGAAAGAAUCGUCUUUUAGUAGAAGAAUAGACUAGCAAAAUAAUAUUAAGUCAAGAAUCUGAAAUUAAAUCAUAUGUAAAAAUAUUUCUCCAUAUUUAUAUAAGAUCGAAAAAAUCAAAUAAUUAGAAUAAAGAUUAAUUGAAAAGAAUUCUUGGUAAAAAUGA